AAACCCACUUUGCAAAGAAGAAGAGAGGGGUCUCCAUCCUCAUUAGCAAAGAUGUGGCAUUCAAACUCAUUAACAAACAUGCAGACAAACUAGGGAGAUUCUUAAUAAUACAAUGUUACUUGAAUAACGCUCCAUACACAUUGGUCAAUGUGUACGGACCGCACACUAAUCAAGUAGCUUUCCUAGCCAAGAUUUUCCAAAAACUGGACAAAUGGAGACUGGGAGAGGUGAUAAUGGGAGGAGACACCAAUUUUCUGUUAGACACCCAGCUAGAUGCAUUGGCAACAGCGACGAUAGCAACACCCACCGAACUUAGCAGAGAAACCAUGGUACGAG